GACAGGCAAGUGGUGCUGAUGCUGUGACAAUGGGAGUCUUUCAGAUAAGCAUCAUCUGGAUCGAGUGUGCUUAAAAAAAAAAACACUGCAGCUGCACACACACACGCGUAACUGACUGUGAAGGGACGGGAAGGCACCCGGGUGGAAACACGGGGAGGAACCUCCAGCUGCUGCUCUCAAAGGGUCGAGAUAUGGGGGGGUUCAGCAGACAGAAGUUUUUCCAGGAGCUUGCUCAUGGCUGCCUGCUGCCAACAGCUCAGCAGGGUCUGGAGCAGGUAUGGCAGCUGCUGGUUAUCUGCCUGCUUUGUCGGCUCCUCUGGAUGCUGGGCCUUCCCUCCUUUGUGAAACACCUGGGCACAGUAGCAGGAGGCUUCUACACUCUCUACCUGUUCUUUGAGCUUCAUAUGAUCUGGGUGGUCCUCCUCAGCCUUCUCUGCUACCUCUUCCUCUUCCUGUGCCGCCACUCUACAAUCAGAGGCACCUUCCUCUCCAUCACUGUGCUCAUCUACCUGCUGCUGGGAGAGAUGCACAUGAUGGACACCACAAACUGGCACAAGAUGAGAGGUUCUCAGAUGGUGGUUGCCAUGAAAGCUAUCUCUCUUGCCUUCGAUUUGGAUAGAGGUGUUGUGACCAGUGUGCCCUCACCCAUUGAAUUCAUGGGCUACAUUUACUUCGUUGGCACGGUCAUCUUUGGUCCCUGGAUCAGCUUCAACAGCUACAAAGAAGCUUUAGAAGGACGUAAGCUGAGCUUUUCAUGGCUCUUAAAGGUGUCUGUUAGCUGGGUGAAGAGCCAGGUCUGCCUUGUUAUUUCCAACUGUGUGGCUCCCUACCUCUUCCCUUAUUUCAUACCAGUUUAUGGAGACAAGCUGCUGCGAAGCAAAAAGAGGAGGAAGAUCAGAGGUACUACCGCAAAGUGGUUGCUGGCGUACGAGAACACCAUGUCUUUCCACUUUAGCAAUUAUUUUGUGGGUUAUCUGAGCGAGACCACUACAACUCUGGCUGGGGCGGGUUUCACAGAAGAGAAAGACAACCUCAAAUGGGAUAUGAGUGUAUCCAAGCCACUGAACAUAGAGUUUCCCCGGUCGAUGGUGGAGGUGGUGACGUCAUGGAAUCAGCCAAUGUCUUCCUUUCUGCACACCUAUGUUUUCAAGAGUGCGCUCAGAUUUGGGACGUUCUCAGCCAUUAUGGUGACAUAUACAGCCAGCGCUCUUCUGCAUGGUUUGAGUUUUCACCUGGGGGCAGUGCUGAUAUCUCUUGGGUUCAUGACGUACAUUGAGCACGUGUUGCGGAAGAGGCUUGCAGCCAUUUUUAAUGCCUGUGUACUCUCAAAGAAAUGUCAGCCAAACUGCACUCACAAGAACAAAAAGAAGCUUUGGGUGUAUAUGAUUAACAUAGCAUUCAGUGCAUUGGCAAUCCUCCACCUGACAUACCUGGGCUCUGUGUUCAACUCCAGUGUGGACUACAUGGAGGAGGAUGAGGAUGAUAUAACCCAUCAUACCAUUCAGAAGUGGUCAGAGCUGAGCUGGACGAGCCACUGGGUCACAUUCGGAUGCUGGAUUUUGUACCGCCUCAUUCUCUAAUCAUAGGAGACGGAGAAACAGAGAACGUGAAGGAAGCAAUAAAGAGGUUUUGUAAGGCUGGUUCUCCGCUUCUGCACUGUGACUUUAUUCUGCAUCAGACCGAAGAGAACCCAAUCAACAACAAACCAACAUGCAGUGUUCAGGUUGCGCCGCAUGUUCGGCUGGGUAAUCUAUUAUUCUAACCUGCUGGAGACUAGUUUUUGAUAUCCAUGAAAUGAUAGCCCACUCCUCCCUCCCUUUUCCCCCCGUAUCGCACCCUUUUUAUCAGAGCCGCAGUUGUCGAGCCCUCAUGUUGUGACAGCAGUUACCGAUGUCUCACUGUGAGCCACAAUCAAUACCUAUCAGCAUGGUGGAGAUCGGCUGCUCCUCUCCUCUCUGUGGACACACGAUAGAGCACAUUAUCUGGGUCUCAGCUUCCACUGCGGCAGAUGUCCUCCAGAUGUGCUUUCCCCUCACCUCAAGUGUUUUACAAUCGUAGUGUUAGGUUUGAAGGAUGAGCCUGGUGAUUUUAUAUGGUUUCUUAUCUUGAACGAAUCCCCUGAAAUGAAAAAAAUAAGUGUCGCCUGUCUCUCUAAACUCGGAUCUCCUCAGCAGUCAAAUACAAAAACCUGGAUAAUCUGAAACAACUGGUCACUGUAGAAGUAUAAACAUCUCUCACACACUGCUUCAAUGUGCAUUUGUUGAAAACAAUUUUCAGCAACAGGUGAAUGCUCUUGCUCUUGUGAGUAUAUGCAGCAGCAAGACAGUCUAUGCUGUAUGUUGGAUUCACUUAAAAAAUACAGCGGCCUCUCAGUGCCCUCCCAACGGUGUGGCUCAGCGAUACAUUUUGGACCAUUAAGAGGAUUUUCUAAAAUACAAAAAUAUGCCAAAUCAAGCUUCAAAUACAGAGACGAUACAUGUUUUUUUUUUUUCAUGGGAUUUGUUAGAAUAAGAAAGAAUAUCAUCAGAUAUCUUUAAACGAGAGAACUGUCUCUUGAGCAUGUUCAAGUUUGAAUAAUAGGAGCACAGAAUAUGGUUAUAAGGCAGCAAAUCAAAAUGUUUCUCAAAAUGAUUUUCCCCUUUAUGUGAUUUUUAGAAAAAGAAAAUGAAUGGCUUAGUCUUUGGAUUAAUUUUCUUGUGGUGAUAUAUUUCCUAUAGGUGUUUUGUGUUAUUUUUAUAGUUCCAUUUGAAUACAUUAUUUGCAUUAACAAAGACAAGUCUUAUAAGUAUUUGUGGACAUUUCAGACACUCUUUCACUCCUCAGUAUUGAAAAGUUUUAUGAUCAGGGUAUUUCACAUGUCUUACUGUAGGGGAAAAUAAUGUCUCAUGUAUUUCUUCCAUUAGGGUUAAGGUGAACACUAUAUGAAGUAUUUAUCCAGAUUUUUAUGACACUGCUGCUUUUAAUGAUUCAUCUCUGUAAUUGACGGUCACCUGGUGAAAGACUCAAAUGAUUGUCUGUAUCAGGUGGUGUUCACAUCUUUUUGACCUCGUCCUUAUAUCUAGAAGGCUUUGCUUCUUCUCGAGUAAGCCGUAGUGUUUUAGAUUAGAGCCUGAAUGUCCGUUCAUGCCUGAGAACAAGAGCUCAGUCUCUGCAGAGUUAAUACCACACGACCCAACAAGUACAGUAUUUGACAUAUUGUUCUGAUAUUUACUUUGAGGCGAUUUUUCUCCCUGUAAAUGUGAAGGCACUUACACACCUAUGAUAUUUUUAUAAAAUUUUAC